AUGAACGGGCUGGAUGAUUAUGAUGAUGGUGAAGAAAGGUCGUUCUUCGUUAGAGCUCUUUACGAUUUCAAUUCGACAGAGAGUAGUUCUCUUUCAUUCAAAAAGGGAACUCUAAUAGAAGUUUUGACACAAUUGGAAUCAGGUUGGUGGGAUGGAUUAUUGGGAAAUGAUACCCGCGGUUGGUUUCCAUCAAAUUAUGUC